AUAUGGGAGCAUCCUCACUUCGUGAGACUAAUUCGAGUAAUAGCAUGUCUUUAUCGGAUAUUGUAGUAAGUAAUAUGCCUGAAACUUUACCUACUCAAUCAUUGGUUUUGCAACCUUGUAAACUUACAUCAGAAAAAAGAAUACCUCUGUAA